CAAAAUGAGGAAUUAAUUGGCUGUGAAUUAGCUAUGAAAUGCGAUCAUUGAUAUUUGAUACCUUUCCCCUCCAAAAAGAAAUGCGUUAGUUUUAUCAUUUUAUGCACUUUUUCCUCUUUGGGGAAGAGAGAAGAAGACGAAGAAGAGAGAGAGAGAUAAAACCUAAUUAUAAUCUACAAUAACCCUUUCCUCUUUCCCAAAACCCUUAAAAAAAAACCAGAGUGCAAAAAUGGUGGAUUUUGCGCGGGUGCAGAAGGAAUUGCAAGAGUGCAACAGGGAUUUUCAGGUAUCGGGGAUUAAGGUUUCGCCAAUGGCGGAAACAAACCUCGCUCACUUGCUGGGUACAAUCCCUGGUCCACUCGGUACACCCUAUGAAGGCGGCACCUUCAAAAUCGACAUCACUCUUCCCGAUGGUUACCCGUUCGAGCCGCCCAAAAUGAAGUUUGCCACCAAAGUAUGGCAUCCGAAUGUAAGCAGUCAAAGUGGAGCGAUAUGCUUAGAUAUACUGAAAGAUCAGUGGAGCCCGGCACUCACUUUGAAAACCGCACUUCUUUCUGUUCAAGCACUUCUCUCUGCUCCUGAACCCGAUGACCCCCAAGAUGCUGUCGUUGCACAACAGUAUCUUAGAGAUUACCAAACAUUCGUGGGAACUGCUCGUUAUUGGACGGAAUCAUUUGCCAUGACAUCAUCUCUUGGUCUUGAGGAAAAGGUGCAAAAGCUUAUGGAGAUGGGGUUUCCAGAAGCUCAGGUGAGGAGUAGUUUGGAAAGUGCCGGUGGUGACGAAAACUUGGCUCUCGAGAAGCUUUGCUCUGCUUAAUAAAUCAUACAAUUAUAUUCCAUCUAUUUAUAUUUUUGCUGUCUAAAAAGUUCAUUUGCUGCUAUACAGGAAGAUAAAAGAUACUUUGUGUUGAAUACUUGAUACUCUUUUUUGCCAUUUUGAUCACUUUUUCAUUAUCUCUAAUUGCAGUUUAUGGAUUUCACUUUUGUUGUU